AUGGCUCUGACAUCAUGGAAAGCGUUCAACUUCUUCGACGUGUCCCUGUCUGAGACUUCCUGUCUAUGCUCUGGAUCUGCGAACCUUUUCCUUGGCACUACCGACGGCUUCGUCCACACCGUUUCCUCAUCCUUUAAGAUCGUCCAGUCAUUCAAGGCGUCAGAUAAUGGGUCGGUUACACACAUAAGGCAGCUGGAAGGAACGUCGCUUCUCGUGACGAUAGCGGAGGACCUCUUGAAUGAGCCGGUAUUAAAGGUGUGGGCUCUGGAUAAACCAGAAAGAAAGACCGGGGCCCCACGCUGCUUGUCUACGACGUCUGUGCAGAAUGCGAGGAGAAUGUUUCCGGUAACCGCGUUUGCGACCCUUGGCGAUCUGUCCCAAGUAGCAGUCGGCUUCGGGAAUGGCUCUGUGGCUAUCAUUCGCGGCGACUUGAUACACGACCGCGGCGCACGGCAACGAAUCGUAUUCGAGUCAGAGGAACCCGUGACGGGGCUUGAGGUACAGAGUGGGCCGGUGACAACACUCUAUAUCUCUACCACAAACCGAAUACGCGCGCUUGUGAUUUCCGGGCGAGGGCAGGGACAGCCGGCACGAGUGCUGGAAGAUACAGGCUGUGGUGUUGGAUGUAUGACCUUGGACAGGGACAAUGGCGACGUUCUUGUCGCUCGAGAGGAUGCGAUUUAUACGUAUGGUCCUCAUGGCCGGGGUCAGAGUUACGCCUUUGAGAGCCCCAAAAGCUCUAUCAAUGUGUUCCGUGAUUAUGUCGCGCUGGUUUGCCCUCCCAGAGGUGGCACCACGGCGUCGGGCGCAUUGCAAACUCUCGGCCUCGGCAAAGACGAGUUAUUUAGCACAACGACUUUCACGCUCCUAGACACCGACCUCAAGUUCAUCGCCCAUACAGAGUCUCUUGUGACGCCUGUAAGACAGAUUUUCAAGGAAUGGGGCAACUUAUAUCUUCUUACCACAGAUGGAAAGAUUUAUCGGUAUAGAGAGAAGAGUCUCCAGCAGAAACUCGAAAUUCUCUAUCAGCGCAAUCUUUACAUCUUGGCUAUUAACCUGGCUCAGAAACUCGGCGUCGAUAAAUUCCAGCAAAACGCGAUCUACCGCAAGUAUGGAGAUUUCUUAUACCAAAAAGGAGACUACGACACAGCUAUGCAGCAAUACCUUAGAGCUAUUGAUAAUACGGAGCCCUCGCAGGUUAUUCGGAAAUACCUCGAUACACAGCGGAUUCAUAACUUAAUAGAGUACCUUGAGGAGUUACAUGACCACGACCGGGCUUCGGUCGACCACACUACGCUACUUCUCAACUGCUACGCUAAAUUAAAAGACACCAAGAAACUGGAUGCUUUCAUAAAGGCCCCGGGGGAACUCAAGUUUGACCUGGAAACAGCUAUUGCCAUGUGCCGGCAAGGUGGCUACUACGAGCAAGCUGCUUACCUAGCUACGAAAUAUGGCGAAAACGACAUGGUCGUGGACAUUCUGAUUGAGGACUCGAAAAAAUAUGCUGAAGCCCUAGAGUACAUCUGGAGGCUGGAACCUGAAUUGGUGCGUAUACAGCGCCACGCGAAGUUUGGCAGCAACUAA